UUUCCUUUUCAACAAUUUUUUGAAUAAUUUUUUCCGAUUAAUGCACCACAAAAUUUUGGCGCCGUAUCUGAGAAAAACCGUUGAAUUGUUAUAGCCAUUUUAAAUUGAUAUAUCAUAACCAAAACCUUAAGUAAAUAGUCAUGGUCAUGGCUUGGCGCUUCUUCUUCCUCGGUAAACCCCUCUUAAACCCCAACCCUAAAUUCCCAAAGCCACGUUCUUUCUCCACCUCUUUCCUCAUAACCAAAACACCUAACAAGCACAAACCCAAGCGCCCCAAAUCCGAUUCUCCCCGCACCCGACCCGUCACGCCCGACUCCAACAAAAUCCCCCAGUUCGAGUCCCUCCUCGACCGCGAUGCCACCUUCCGAUUCCUCACGAAAACCAAAGAAUUCCUCUCCAAACAAUCCGAACAAAUUCUCCGCCUCGACGACGCUGGCAAACUCCACCGAGAACUCGGAUUCCCCCGCGGCCGAAAAGUCGCCCGAUCCAUUGCCCGCCACCCGCUCCUCUUCACCACCCACCGCCACUCCGACAACAAAAUCUGGCUCGGAUUCACUGACUUGAUGGAUCAAUUACUCCUUGAAGAGACAUCGAUCAUGGAAGCCAUGGAGGAAGAUCGAGUUACGAAAAUCUGUAAAUUAUUAAUGAUGUCGAAAAAUAAGCGGAUUCCAUUAAGCAAGAUUUAUCAUAAAAGGCUUAUAUUUGGAAUUCCAGAGGAUUUCAGGGACAAAAUCGGAAAAUAUACCGAUUAUUUUCGCCUAGUGGUUGAAGAUGAUGGGAAACAGGUCCUUGAGUUGGUAAACUGGGAUCCAAGUUUAGCUGUAAGCGCAUUGGAGAAGGAGUUUUUAGUAAAUGAAGAUAAGGUGAAGAAAGCUUUCAAGUUUCCGGUUAAAUAUGGGAAAGAUUUGGACUUGGAAGAAAAUGAUGUCAAGAAACUCAACUUGUUAAACACAUUACCGCUGGUUUCGCCUUAUUCCGAUGGGUGGAAGUUGGAUUUAUGGAGUUUGGAGGCGGAAAAGUAUAGGGUCGGGAUUAUACAUGAGUUUUUGAGCUUGACUUUGGAGAAGAGAGCUUUGAUACAUCAUAUUGUGGAGUUUAAGGAGGAGCUUAGUUUGACUAGGCAGACUUAUGAGAUGCUCAAGAGGCAGCCUUGGACGUUUUAUUUGGCGGGAACAGAGAUGAACUGGGCGGUGUUUUUGAAAGAUGGGUAUGAUGAGAAUGGGAAUUUAAUCAAAAAGGAUCCACAGGUGGUUUUCAAUGAAAAGCUUUAUAAGUUUGCCCAAAUGCAGGAUGAGGAAUUGAGUUCUGAAUUUGGGGAGAAAUGAUAAGGAGAUUGAUAUUUUUUAGUGGUUAAUCAUGUGGAUUGAGUUGCUGAAUAGAGAGUCAAGAUGGGCUCCAGAAUACUGCGGGAGCGAGAGAGAGUUUUAUGAUCAAGGUGAAUGCUGCAUUUUACAUAUGUAAGGAAUUGAAGAUUAAUUAUUUGCAAUAUGUUGUGAUGUUCAUUUUUGUUAAUCUUAUUAUCAAAAUAACUUUUUGUUC